AUGGCUGGAAGUGAGAAAUUGGUGAUACUCACCGCAGAUAAAGUGGAAUUUUUGAAAAGAUGCGCCAUCAAAUCGGUGGGUUUUGGCAUUUUGUUUAAUUUUUAAGCCUUCAAACUUCAAUGCUGAAAUUUUCAGAUACCAGUUGUAGCUGCCAUUAUCGAGAAGAAAAAUUCGGGAAGAAGAAAAUCUGGAGAUGCGAAAAAGAAGAACAAAAAGGAGAAGCCAGAAGUUGUAGAGACACCAAAAAAGACAUCGAGUAGACCUAGAAAAAAGAGUUAGUUGGAAUUUUUGGGGCUGGGAAUGGGAAAAAAUAAAUUUAGCGCACACCUCGGCCAACCCGUGGCUGGCCAGAGUACAAUUUUUUUAAAAAUCUGAAUUUCAGUUUUCAGAGGUCAAAAACUGACGAAUUCAGAGAUUUUAGAGGAUAAAAACUGAAAAAUUCACAAUUUUCAUACUGUAAAAAAUCUAGCGUACAAUUUUUUAUUUUGGAAACCACGAUUUUGGCCGAGGUGUGAUUUAGCGCGACACUGGCGUGGAAUUUGAAAAAAAGUUUUUAGACAUCGAUUUUAAAAAAUAUGUGUACUGUAGUAAUUUUUUUUUAAAUUGAGUUUAAAAAAUUUUUGAGACGUGACCUUUCUCUUUAAAAAUCAUGAUCACUAUGAAUAUUUUUUAUUUAUUUUUCCAGAAGAACUAUCUCCUCCUCCACCUGCAGCACCAAAAUCUGCAUCAAAAAAGAAAACAGUGAUUCAACCCCCACCUGCUAUUCCAUCAUCUUCAUCUUCAGAUUCGGAUUCGGAAGAUUUGAAGGAAAAAGAAAAAGAAAGUUUGAAACGAAAAUUGAAAGAAAAAGAGGAUGAAAAACGAAGAAAACGAGAGAAAAAAGAGAAAGAAGAGAAAAAGGAGAAAAAAAGGAAAAUUGAGGAUUCUGAUGAUGAUAAUUUCAAAAUUGUUAUCGAAAGUGCGACAGAUAGUGAAAAAGAAGAGGAAAAGCCUGUAAUUAUUAAGAAGAAGCCCGAAAAGAUUGAGAAACCAAAGCAGCCGGAAAAACAAAGAGAUAAGGUUUUAGCUCCACAAAUUCACAGAGAAACACCAAAAUCAUCGAAUAAAAAAGUGAAAAAUGUUGGAAAUAAAGAUCGAAAACAAACACUUUUGGAAUUCAAUUGUUUGACAGCUCCACAAUUGGAAAUUAAGGAGAUUAAUGAGUUCCUCGAAAUGAGAAAUGCGUUGAAAGAGUAUGGAAUAUCGAAAGAAUAUCGAAUGGAGUUGGACAAUUUCCCGGAAGAGCAAUUAUUGACGUGCGAUUCGGAUGCUUGUCCGUUUUUGUUGCAGUAUCAGAGGUGAGAAUAGGGAGGUUCGGAAAAUUAUUUGUUAUUAAAAUCGGCUAAAAAGUUCUUUUUCACAAAGGAUUUUUAACAAAAAUCAAAAUCGACAUAAAUAUAUCACAACAAAAUUUUACACACGAAUUUUAAAGUUGUGAUAGUUUCCUUAUUUCCAUUCUUAACUUCUACUGAACCUUCUUCAAAUUAUCCAAUUUUCCAGACCAUUCUCAGCUCUCUAUGAAGAAGCUCGUCGAAAAUGGACCCCAAUACUUGAAUCGCCAUCCGGUGUUCACCUCAAAAACAAAUGUGUAACUUGUGACAAAAAAUUGACCACUGCACCAUAUGAAACAUGGCGAAAGUUUUUGGGUUCCACCUCGUUUUAUUGCUCAAUUAAAUGUAUUUCAACAAAAGUGGCGAGUGUUUUAAAAGAUGCGCGAGAUGCUGAGACGAUUACUGUGAUGAAUUUAUUGACGGGAGAAACAGUGAGAUGUGGUAUUUAUACGAGAGAAAUUCGAUCGUUUUGUUUGUUGGCGCCCAAUUGGAUGCCACUUUCUGUAGAUGUUACAACUUCUUCAACUCAUAAUAAUUAUCAAGCAGAACAAGCUUCUUCGCCCAAGAAAAUUGUUGCUGAAAAAGUUGAGAAAAAGCAGACGAUCUCUCAAAAAAUCCCCAAAAAAUCAGCUGAUCAAAACGAAAGUUUGCGCAACUCAACACGACAGUCUUUUGAAAAUUCAAUGUUUGAAAAAUCGGAAAGAUAUCGAAUUCGAUUGGAUCGAAGAGAAAUUCGUGAUAUGGCGAUGGUUAUUGAGGAUCGAUUGUUUGAGAAAUGCGAUAAAAAUAUUUCACAUCCCAAUUAUCGCAUUUGGAAACAACAAUUUCUGCAGAAUUUUGAACAAGAAAAAGCAAAGGUGGGAGUUUUCGGAUUGUUUUAAAUUAAUUUUUAGAAAAAAAAAUGUUUUCUCUAUCGAAUAUUGUGAAGUUUAUCUUAUUAGAAAUAAUUUUUAUCAACGAAAUAUUCCGAAACAAUGUUCAAAACAAAAAGUUCUAAUUCACAUUUUUUCUAGAAUUUUGUAUUCAACGUGCUCAAGAGUCGUAUUUCCAUUGAAAAACUUGUGGCAUUUGAUGCGGCACAACUUCGAAAUCCAGCAUGCUGGCAAGUUCGACAACCAACCACAGCAUCUAAUCGAAAAUCAGACUCACGCGUUAGCACUGGUGCAAAUUCGAGUCGCGUCGGUGUCUCACCGCUUGACGCAAUCAUUGGCGACGAUAAUCGCGAUACAACAGCCGAACAUUUGUCGCAUGCAUUCUCGAAAAAUUGUCGAGUUUGUCAAUCGAAACAAUUGGCCGAUGCGCAAGAAAAAAUCAAGAAAGAAAACGAGGAAAGAGAUUUGAGAGACAGGAGAGAAAAGAAUCGAACAAUGAUGGAAGAAAUGAGAAAAGAGGAUAUGAAACGAAAACAAGAAAGGAAAGAACAAAAAGAAAAAGAGAAAGAAGAAGCUGAAACAAAUGGAAAAAGGAAAAAUAAUGGGAGAAGGAAUAGUUAUGAUAAUAAUGAUUAUUUUGAUGAUGAUUAUGGAGGAGGAGGAGGUGGAGGACAUACACCAACGUAAGUAUUUUAUUAGGUUUGACGUAUGAUUGUGAAAGUAUUAUUUUGAAAUGCUUCAAAUUUAAAAAAAAUCAAAUUUAAAAUUCAUUUUUGAAACAGUAGAUUUUUCAUCAGGAAAAAAUUAAAUAUUUUUUCUUUUCGAAACAAAAAAUCUAAAAUUUCGGAGUCUGAAAUCAUUAUGUUUAAUCCUUCACAAUGUAAUUAUUGAUUAAUUUUAUAAUUAAUUUUCGAAACAGUAGAUUUUUGAGUUUCAAAAAGUUAAGUAUUUUAAUUUUUAGAAAUAUUUCCCUGCCUGAUUUUGAGCUGUUCUUAAUUUCUAAAUGUCAUUCGUCAUGCCACUUCGAUUUUCUAGCUAAAAAAAGAAAAUUCUGAAAUUUUGGAGUCUGAAAAAAUUAUUUUGACGAAUAUAUAUUUUCGAAACAGUCGAUGUUUCAGGUUCCAGUUUCAAACAUAUCCAGUAUUGAACUUUGAGUUAAAAAUCAUAAUAUAAAAAUACUCAAAUUUUUUUUAGAUUCGAUGAGCCUGAUUUUGCUUCCACGUCAUUUCGAACUCACCGAUCUUCAGUGGAACCGAGUUCUUCACGGACUGUUGAAAAUGAGUGAGUUUCUUUUCAGGGAAAAAGGUCCGAAAAAUUGAAGCCUUGUUUUCUGAAAAGCCUUUCUUUUGAGCUAACAACCGAAAAAUUAUAUUUAUUCAGCGAUUGGAAAAUAUCGUUCAAUCUUCAAUGUGGCGAAUCGAAUCUUCGUACCGAAGCAACUCCGAUUUUUAAUCAUAUUGAACAGAAUUUAGCGCUUAUGAAAAUGUGUAGGAACGUAGUUCAUAGGAAACGAUUAGAUUUUCAUGUGAGUUUGAUGAAUUAUGGCCGAUUAUAAUUUUUGGGCUCUUAGGAGCUCAGAAUUUCGGGUUUGAAAAUCCUGUUUUUAGAACUUUUAAAAAUAUCCUUUCAAACCUUUAUUUUUUUCAGAGCCCUCUUCGAAUGCAGGAAUUUUUGAUAGAUUCUCACACUGCAAUGAACAUUCAUAAAACUUGUUCGAUUGCUGUUUUGAGAAUGAUGCCAACUGGUAAUAUUUUUCUUUAAAAUUAACCCAAAAUUAUUACUUUUUUGCAGACUCGAGCGAUCGAACGUAUAAAGAAAUACUUGGUUUUAACAUGGAAAAAGAAAUGGUUGGACAAUUACAAGUCGAUGAUGAUUCGGAUUUUUCUGAACUCUUAUCCGUUUUCUUAUUCCCACAUAAGGGUUCGGAAAUUGUGCAUGACACGUUGGCUCCGUUGAAAUAUACUGUUGGAACAUCAGAGGAUUGUUUCCUAAUGUUAUUUAUUGUUAAACCGGAAUUUGCGGCAAGGUUCAAAUAUUCGUGAGUUUUUGGAAUUUUGACCAAAAUAGGAGGAGCUUAAGAAAACCUGAAUUAAAUGCUAAACGUAUUGGCCAAUUAAUGUUUUUUGGUCAUAUCUUUGAAAAUUCAAGUUUGUACUGGAUUCUCAGAAUUAUUCAGUCUCUUUCAAACUGAAAACUCUUUGCCAACAAAUUCAGAAAAACCUCAAAUUCCCAAGAAAUUCUCGAAAAAACUAUACUUUAGUCGAUGGUUUAACCAUUAUUUUCAGUUUUUUGAGAACGUGAAUUUCUCAACAAUUUUUUUCGAGUCAUCAUAUUUUUUUUUCAAUCUGAAUAGCCCCCCAUUUGAAAAUCACGAGUUUCUCAUUCAUUUUUAUCAUCAAAAAAUGAGUCAGAAAUUGUCAGCAUUCGGAUAAAAUGUUAUUCAUUUUUUCAUUAUUAUUUUAUUAUUUUUCCCUUUUCUUUUUUUUCCUAAAAAAAAACUUUAUUUCAGUUGUCGAAUGUCUGAUAUCGAAAUGCGUGAACAAAUAAAUACCCUGGAACGUGAAAGAAUGGCCGAAAGAUCUUGGAGACAAUCAGAACCGGGACCAAAUCAAUCAUGGAGAAGAGAAGCACCACGAACACCGCAGGAUUUAGAUCUUCGAGCAACGGAACCGCAAGUAGUCACACCACCAGUUCAGAAUUCAGUUUCAACUCCAACUCCAGUUCAAAGUUCGGUAUCAGAAGAAGUUGAAACAAUAUCACAAACGAAAACAAAAAUCAUCUUGAAUAUCAUUGCAAAUACUGAAAGAUUGAAAGAUGUUGUUGAUUCGACUAAAGAUUUUAUGCAUGAUACAGAUGUUAGUGAGGAUGAUAAAUCGAAAGUGAAAAAUGUGAUUGAACAAAGAAUUUCGGAGGAAAAGAGGAAGAAAAAAGAGGAGAAAUUGAGUAAAGAUGGAACGGGGUCAACGAGAAGAAGUUUGGAGGAAUUUACGGUGCCACCACCGCAACCACCUGUGUUUUUGGUGAGCAUUUUUGAACACUGGUUCUAAAAAUAGACAUAUUUUGGACAAAAGUCGCCAUAAAUUCAAAAUUUCAAAUUUGCUAUGGCCGAUCCAAGAAAUCCCAAUUAACUGGUAGCCGCUACUAAAGAACCUGAUUGUCUAGGGCUCGCAUCUAGAGAUACACUUUGCCAAGAAGCCGCGCCUUGAAAGUUCAAUUAUCAAGAAGCCCUGGUUCUCAAGUAGCAUAUUUUGAAUAACAUGAUCAUAUUACUAGAUUAUUUUUCUCUCAUGAUCUAUGAAAUAAUAUUGUUCAGAAUACAUCGAUUCCUCCACCAAUGGUCGCAGCUCCUGUACUUCAUCCCACCCAACAACAACAACAACAACAACCAGGUUCUGCACCAUUAUCGAAUACAGCUAUUUUCACGGCUUCCCAAAAACCGCCAUCAUCUCAGCAUCCCUUCGGUUUUCCGCCAUCAGCUGGAUAUUCUCAACCUCCGCCAAUUUUACCGACUGGUGUAACAGCUCCAAUGGCAUUACCACCCGGUGUCACAGAUCCGAAAGACGCGUUUGUUGAUUCGAGAAGUGAUGAGCAAAUUGUGGCGGAUGCGAUUCGAAAAGGACAAGUUGCACCGAUUCCCGAAGCGUUGCUUUUGUCCGGACCGAGAAGUUCGACACAACCAUCGCAAAUUACGGAACUUAUGGAACGGGAAAAACGACGGAUUAUAAAUCAACAUCAGCAGAGAUUUACAGAAGUAAUACCGCCCCAAAGAAGGCCGCCACCUCAAAAUAAUUGGGGAGCACCGGAAGAAAGAUAUCGAAGACCGAGAGAAGAGCGAGAAAAUUGGCAGAGAGAAUUGUCGCCACCACAAGCACAAAGAUAUCGAACACCAUCGCCGCCGCAGAGAUUAGAUAAAAAACCGGAGAAAGUUGAAGGAAGUCAGAAAAAUAAAAAAGAGGAGAAAAAUACAGAUGAUUUGUUCCCGCUAAGAUUUGGAAGACAACCAAAGAAAAGAGCCAUUAGUAAGUCUGUUUAAAAGUUUGAAGAACUUUUGAAACAGUUGUUCAAUACUCCCAUUUGCGAUGAAAAUAUUAAAUUUCGCAUAUUUCUCAUACUGAAAAACCACGUGGAGUUCAAAUUUCUCGAGAAAAGCUUAACAUUUUUUUAAAUUCAAAAUUUAAAGAUUUUUUUCUAAAGAACUUUUUAAACAAUAUUCCAGGCUUUACCUAAUUUUUGAGAUUACUUUUAACUUGUUUUUUGUUUCCAGUUCCUGAUCCAAUUGCCCCAAAAGAUGACUCAAAUGUACCCAAAAAGCGAGGAAAACGAAGUCGUGGUGGUAAAAAGCAUCGACUCGAAGAGCAAGAAACUGCUAAAAUCAAUGGACAGCCGAAAGAUCAAGAAAAACGGAAGAAGAACAUCCUCCGCCACCUCCGCCACCCGAAUCCGAUUCGGAAACAUCGGAAUCGCCAUCUCCACCGUUGCCACCUACGAAUAUUGUCAAACCGCCAAUAUUUGAAGUGAAUAAACCGCCAGCGCCACCACCGUUGUCUUCGGCUCCGCCAUCGAAUGGUAAGAGAUUUGGGGGUAGAAAUUACAAAUCAAGAAUUGAUAAAAUUCUCGAAAAUUUAGCCAUUCUGAAGAUAUUACUAACAAAAAUCAUUUUUCGGAUUUUUGAACACAGGAAAAAACGGAACCCUGUCCAAUUUUUGCACAAAAUUUUUUUUAUUGAUGUACUUUUAGUAAAUUGACUGUGCUGAUGAGAACUUCAUUUCCCCCGAAAAUUAUUUUGAAAUUGAGUUAUGAUGCCUGUUUGGACCAAUUUUAUGCCUUUUUUGAGUUUUUGAUAGUCAGAACUUGGCUCCAAGGUCGAUUGGGAGAAAAAUGAAAGUCGGAGGUUUUCCAUCCCGAAAGCUUGGUAUUCUCAAAAUUUGAUCAAUUUUUUAAGUGUUGAGUAGAACAUGUUUCCUUGUAAAUUUCACAAAUGUUUUUGGACACCACUUGUUGAGGUGUUGUGACCAAAAAUUGAAUUGGUACCAAUUAUCAUAUUGGCAUUUUAUCAAACAUAUGUUUUUGCAGUGCCUCUGCCUGUUCCACCACCUCCGCCACCAACAACUACAACAACACAAAACAAUAUUCCCCUUCCUCCACUCGCCGCAAUUGCCAGCUCAUCUAAAACCUCUCAAUUUUCGCCCGCGAUUCUUCUUCCUCCCCCGCCGCCCCCACCAUCAGAUGUUGUAUUAAAAGCACCAACAUCAAAUCAACUUCCGCCACCCAAUUUCCAUCAUCACUACAAUCCGCCUCCGCCGCAAAACUCGAAUUAUUCUCGUCAAAAUUAUCCGACACCGAUAGAGGAAACAGAAUGGUCAUCAUCUCCACAACAACAACAACAUCAUCAGAAUUAUUCGAAUUAUAAUGGAAUGGGAACGACACCACGUGGACCACCGCUUCCCCCACAAAUUUGGCGAGGCGGAUCGUCAAAUGGUGGACCUUCGCCACGUGGAAUGUAUAGAGGAAAUGGAAAUAUGGGUUCAGGAGGAAUGAGAGGAAGAUCUGGAGGACUACAGCCGCCGAAUAAUUUCUAUGGGGGUUAGUUUUUCGGGGAGGAGUAAGGAUAAAUCCACGUCUCGGCUGAAAUUUACUCUAGAUUUUUAUACUGGCAAGAAGCUACGCCCAAGUAGCGAAACCUAAAAUUCUAGUUUUCAAGUAGCCACGCCUUAAGAACCUAAUUGUAUAGGAUCAAUGCCGUGUGAUAAAAUCGGCAGAUUUCAUCCAGUCUAGGUUCCGCCAUUUAUGCCUUUAAAAAAUGAAGUUUCCCCCACAAAAUUCACCUUAUCAAUUUUUCAAAGUUUCGCGUCUUCACGUAAUAAAGCAGAACAUUCAAAAUUGAGAAUUGAAUAAAAAAUUCGAAUUUGAAAAAUUUUGAUUUGUAAACCUGUAUAUAAUAAAUAAAUACCUAAAACCUGGAAUUCUAGAUCCCUAUGAGUUUUAAGUGAAUGUUUUUUUUUCAGAUUCUCCUCGAAAUCAUCAAAUGCCACGUGGCAAUUGGCGAGGAAGAGGCCGAGGAAAUUAUUGGUGA